AUAUAUUCGUCCUUGUCUCCUCCACUGAAAUUCCAGAAACCAAAUCAAGAUUCGUUCGAACAGACCAUUUCACAGAUAAGCCUACAAGACCAAGACAGAACACUCAAUCACAAUGCCUCUCGUCGUCCCCGGUAUCAACAGCAACGACUCCGGCUCCAACGACUGGAUGUCGAAGCUCAUGGGCAAGACAUUGUCCGACAACCACAAUGAAACCAGUUUCGCGAAGAAGGACCUCCCCCAGAAUCACCGUGUCGUUGGCGAAGGCGAUUUUAUGACGCAGGACCACGCACCAGACAGGUCAGAACAACCACUAAACCUACCCCAAGUCCAAACAUGCUAACAGUAACCCCCCAGGCUGAACAUCCAC